AUGGCGACCCUCAAAGGCGGACACAUGCCGACGACAACAAUUAUCCGGCUUUCCAAUGGAGAGAGUUCGAUAAUGAUCAGAUUUUUCUACAACGACCAUACCAUACCUUGGAAUUCUCUCGUCGGUCGUUGGCCACGUACAUAUGCCGAGGCCGUGAUGGAUCGAUCUUCUAGUGGAUCUCCUCUGAAAAAUUACAUGAAAACACCAGACGAACCACAGUUACUUCUCCAUGCACAGUACACCCGAUCAAACAUCCUGCCGCCCAUCCAUUCAUGUUACAACUACACCCUUAAAAUCGCUCGCUCGCUUGAAGGAGGGGCGGGCGGAAGCGUGAUAACGAACGUUGGUUCUCGCCAGCCACAACUCUAUCCCGAAUCCGAGCGACAGCAAGACGCCCGUCAACGGAUUCCUCACCUCUCUUAUCUGUAUCUUUCUCACACGGCCUUGCUUUUUGUUAAUGCAGCUGCUACCCUGCCGCGACGAUCCGAUCCAGUUCAGAUGCCGCCCUUGGUCCCUCCUACGCGACGCUCGCGCAACGGCUGCAUCGACUGCCGCAAGGCAAAAGUCAAGUGCGAUGAGAUUCGCUCCUCAUGCGGAACUUGCGCUCGACGUAGGCUCGUGUGCCAGGGAUACAAGACGCAACCCGGCGCUGCACAGCAUGCCAGGCACUCACCCUCGUCUCUGCUGGCGGCCGGUGCUGGUGCCAGUAAUACCGCCGCCGCGGCAGCAAAGGAUUCAGUACCGGGAUCUGUAUCAAGCUCUCCGGACCUCCUCUCCGUAGCCGUCUCCGCCGGGUCUUCAAGCAGCAGCUCAACGACGCCGGCGGCACGAAGAUCACCGCCAACUUCAAAUCGGCAGACACUGGCUCUAGAUACACGCACUUUUUCUCUGCUUCCUCCGGGGUCGGUGCCUGUCGCAGACCAGCCGUAUCUAGAAGUCUACUUCAACAGACACCCCUUUGAGCUGUUGAUAGGUCACGAGUUCGUGUGCGAGAUGAACGCCAACAUCGUGAUGAUGCUGCAGCAGGACCCGGUGGUGAUUGCUGACACGAUUUCGGCCAUUGGCUACUCAUAUGACGUCGGCAGCUCUUCCGCGGCGCUGCUGCCUGUAUUGAACCGGAGGGCAAAGAUCCUCGCAAACUUGAGGAAUAUGAAGCCCUCAAGUCACUACUUUGAAGAGGCGCUCUUUCUGCUUCUCGGAUUGUGCGCAAUGGAAGUGAACUGGAACAUGAACCCCGUGGACCUUGCAUUAGAUGGAUGGAUGGGCCACUACACCCCACUCGUCACUUUGGCACAACCAGGACACCAUGCAACCAUACCCACAGUCCUAUCAAACGUGGCCUCUCUUAUCAGCCACCACGUUUCUACGGGAGGCGACGUAUCUUCCGUGGCUAGAUACUACCUCCGAGCACUGGCGAGACAAGACCUCGUCGUCUCUUUGAUUCAGCUCCGUCGUCCCAGAGUUCCCAGCUACGUCUGGCUAGAAAAUGAAGCGGCCAAGCCAGACCGUCUUCUCGGGUAUACCGUUACCCUCAUGCCGUUGCUAGAAGAGCUCUGCACUUUAGCCGAAGAGGUCCGCGACCAGAUCCUUCAGCCUGCUUUUCCAAAUACCCUCUUGGGCGGUGGCAGCGCAACAUCGCCGACAAGCACAGAGGAAAGGGGUUCAUCGUCUCCGCCCAUCUGCGUCGACAGCUGGCUCGACGCCGGCUACUCCAACCUCGCCCUCCGCGCCGACUCCCUUCGCCUGCGCCUCGAGUCCUGGAAGCCCACAAUCUCAGACAGUCUCUCCUUCCGCUCGGCGCGCAAAUUCCGCGCUCAGGCUGCCUGCUACCGCGCGGGCGCCCUCCUCUACCUGCACCGGCUCUUCUGCCUCCCCGGGUCCGCAGCGGACGCGGAUGGCGAGGCGUUGAGCAAGGCCCACGACGUGAUGCUGUACACGAGCGGGCCGCCCUCCGAGUCCAAGAUGCUGCUGUGGCCCGUCUUCAUGGCUGCUUGCGAAAUGCUGGACGCGGACGACCGGGCUGCCGUGCUCGACGUCUUUGACUCGAUUGGCACGCACCGCAAGACGGUCACGGUUGAGCGGACGAGGAUCGCAAGAGUUUCCGGGGGAGUGUUUGCCGAUCUGAUUCCAUAUCAUCCAUCAACUGGGAGGUCGGCCGGCGUGUGGGCUUCACUGCAAGCGCAUCCAGUUGUUCGUGGAUCGGGUCCCACGCGGUCUAGUCCUUCACGGUUCACCCACUGUCUCGGAUUCAUAAGCUCUGAACCUGGCGACCACGUUGCGGCGCAGGCUUUGGCUAUCUUUGCUAUCAUGACAGGCUAUCUUGAUAAAGCAUGUCAAGAACGUCAACCGCAGAUUCGAAGCCUUGGGCAUGCCAGCGCCAAGAGCGGAUAUCUGAUCGGCCAGCUUGUUUCUACCAUCGGUCGUUUUUUCCUCAAACAAUCGGCUUCACGUUUGGUGACAGCGUGUGGAAAGAAUGAAAAGUCUCUUGCAGAUCCCUGGGGGUGGUCUUCAGGGAUCUAUGAAUCUGAUAAGGUCGAGCUGCAGAUGGACUCGCACCACUUGAUCAAUCUGAUAAGCCGCUGGGAUGGAGGACCGAAGUAUUCAGCAGAGUUGGAAAAUUUGCACCAGCUACCGGGACAGUUCUCGAGCUUCAAUUUUCCGUCCGAGUUCCUCAACGAACUUUUGAGACACCAAGCCGAGUGGGGAUCCUCUUUCAACCCAAGACCCGCCGUCGACUACCACGGAUACGAGACGACGAAAUGGAUCAAUCCUGAUAUCGCUCCUCUGCCUCCCAACAGAAGAACGUGGGGAAUGUGGGCAUUCCUGGGUUUCGGAUCCAUCUCCAAUCUUUGCAUUUCGGCAUGGACAGGCGCGGCUUCCCUGCUGUCGCUGGGUCUCACCAUCCCGCAGACCAUCGGUCUGAUGAUCCUGGCUAGAGCUCUGAUUUGUCUGCUCGUCAUCGGUAACGGAUGGAUGGGCUCUGAAUGGCACAUUGGGUUUACUGUGUCUCAAAGAAUCAUUCUGGGUAUGAACGGUGCCUACAUCGGCCAAUUGAUCCGAAUUAUGCUAUCCAUCGUCUGGUACGGCUCUCAAGCCUGGCUGGGUGGUCUCUGCGUAUCUGCUAUGCUUAGCAGUUGGAGCUACAACUUUUUGAUGAUGGAGAACACGCUCCCAGAGAGCGCGCACAUGGUCACCAGAGACCUUGUGGGAUUCGUCAUCUUCCACUUGAUCUCGGUUCCAUUCCUGCUCAUCAGGAUUGAGAAAGCGAAGAUUCCCGUCAUCACGGCCAACCUCAUUGUCUUCGUCACAAUGAUGGGCAUCACGAUCUGGGCCUGCACUACCGGCGGCACAGGCCCUCUCUUCGAGUCCGGCGCCAAGCAGCCCUCCCUCCUCACAAAGGAAUGGGCCUGGGUCUACGGCAUCAUCGCCUCAGUCGGUGUCGGAUUGGAAGUCCAAUUCGACCGCGGCAUACAGCCGACUGCGCAGGGGCCAAUUGGGGGCCCUAUUUACGAUUAUCGUAGCCAGCCCAACCUACGGUUGGAACCUCCUUUUUACACCUACGCAGAUAUUCAGAUAGUUCAAUUGAUCUCUUCGUCAACUACGGUUCGAACCAACUACCCUGUAAUAGGGAUACCAACAGUCGGCAACAUCUCGGCCGGUAUUCUCAACCAGUCCGACUUCACGCGUUUUGCCCGCAAGCAAGGCAUCCAGGUCCCUGGUAUCAUCUUCUCGCUCUUCAUCCCGGGCAUGAUCGUGCCCAUUUUCGCCAUCCUUACUGCCUCGGCCUCCAUGGAGAUUUGGGAGCUCGAAGAGCCCAUGUGGAACCCGUUGACCGUCAUCACGCAGUGGAUGAUGGACGACUACAGUUCCAAGGCCCGCGCUGGUGCCUUCUUUUGCAGUUUGGGCUUCGUUCUCGGCCAGAUUGCGGAGAAUAUCCUCGGCAAUGGAUAUGCUGCCGGUAUGGAUCUCGCGGGUUUGCUCCCUACCUGGAUCACUAUCAAGCGUGGCGCGCUUCUGGCCGCGGCUCUAUCGUGGGCUGUUCAGCCGUGGGAGUUUUACAACACUGCUAGCACGUUUGUGUCUGUGGCGGCUAGUUUCUCCGUCUUUAUGGGCCCCUUGACUGGCAUCAUGAUGACCGACUACUUUGUCGUCCGCCGGCAGAAGAUUGAAAUCAGCCAGUUGUACACUGGGUCCAAGGAGGGAGCCUACUGGUACACUUAUGGUUUCAACUGGAGAGCCUUUGUCGCUUGGGUCGUCUGCUUCGUCCCCGCCAUGCCGGGUAUGAUUGCCGCGGUCAACCCCAACGUCAAGAUCAACGAUGGGCUUUACAAGUAUUACCUUGGCAACUACAUUUUCGGUUUUCUGGAGGCUGGAGCGCUCUACGCUCUCCUGACCUUUGUCUUCAAGCCACAGAGGCUUGGAUGCCAGGAUGACUUUGAUCUCUACGGCACAUUCGAGGAUGAUGUCGCGAUCAGCAAGGGCAUGGCGCCUUUUGAAAGACCUAAGGGAGUUGAUGGGCCCAUCGAAGGAAGAUCGGUACAUCUCCAAGAUGACAGGUCCGAGAACAAGCCCGGGCCCUCGAUUGCUGUUUAA